CAUGGCUGUGUGCGCGCCGCUGCGCGACUGCCAGGCAUGGAAGGAUGCUGGACUCCCGCUGUCAACCUCAAGCAACGAGGCCUGCAGGCUGUUUGAUGCCACCCUGACCCAGUACGUAAAGUGGACCAAUGACAAGAGUCUUGGUGGCAUUGAGGGCUGCCUGUCAAAGCUCAAAGCAGCAGAUCCGACCUUUGCGAUGGGCCACGCCAUCUCUAAUGGCCUCGUGCUGAUUGGCACGGGAAGCUCCGUGAGGCUGGACAAAGAGCUGGACCUAGCUGUGAAGACCAUGGUGGAGAUUUCCAAAACACAGCCGCUGACGCCACGGGAGCGGCUGCAUGUGUCUGCGGUAGAGACCUUUGCCAAAGGGAACUUUCCGAAAGCCUGUGAGCUAUGGGAACAGAUCCUCCGGGACUACCCGACAGACAUGUUGGCCUUGAAAUUUUCCCACGAUGCCUAUUUUUACCUGGGCUACCAGGAACAGAUGCGAGAUUCUGUGGCUCGAAUUUACCCCUUCUGGACACCCAACAUCCCCCUUAGCAGUUACGUGAAAGGCAUCUAUUCUUUUGGAUUGAUGGAAACCAACUUCUACGAUCAGGCAGAAAAGCUCGCCAAAGAGGCUUUAUCUAUUAACCCAACGGAUGCGUGGUCGGCGCACACCAUCGCCCAUAUUCACGAGAUGAAAGCAGAGAUCGAGGGUGGACUGGAAUUCAUGAAGCACUCAGAAACCCACUGGAAGGACUCUGAUAUGCUGGCUUGUCAUAAUUAUUGGCACUGGGCUUUAUAUCUGAUUGAAAAGGGCGAGCAUGAGGCCGCGUUGACCAUUUUUGAUAACCAUAUCCUCCCCAGCUUGCGGGCCAACGGUGCAAUGCUGGAUGUGGUGGACAGCUGCUCCAUGCUCUACCGGCUGCAGAUGGAAGGGGUGUCUGUGGGUGACCGGUGGCAGGAUGUCCUGCCUGUGACCCAGAAGCACAGCCAUGACCACGUCCUGCUCUUCAACGACGCACACUUCCUGAUGGCGUCCCUGGGCGCGCGGGAACCCCAGACCACGCAGGAGCUGCUGACCACCCUGCAGGAUGUUACUGAGUCCCCAGGGGAGAACUGUCAGCACCUCCUGGCCCGUGACGUGGGGCUGCCCCUGUGCCAGGCCCUGGUAGAGGCCCAGAACGGGAACCCUGACCGCGUCGUGGAACUGCUCCUGCCCAUCCGCUACCGGAUCGUGCAGAUUGGAGGCAGCAACGCCCAGAGGGACGUCUUCAACCAGUUACUGAUUCACGCGGCCUUGAACUGCACCUCCGGCAUCCACAAGAACGUGGCCCGGAGCCUUCUGAUGGAGCGCGAUGCCUUGAAGCCCAACUCGCCCCUGACCGCGCGGCUCAUGCGCAAGGCAGCCGCCGUCCACCUCCUGCAGUGAGCUGGGCCUGGCCGCCUCCCCAGCCAUCAGAUCAGCUGCCCACUGGCUUCGGAGGGUUGGGAACAGCGAGAGCCUGUUUGCCAGGCUUGUUAGGGGUAAUCUGCAGCUUUAAGCAGAAAGCCCUGUAACCAGCAGCGUUAGAGGAAGGGGGACACAAAUCAAUUUUAAACAUGAUUCAGAAUCUUCUUCUAAUCCUCGCUAUGAGCCAGGGUGCAGUUCUAACCAGUCAGAACCAACAUGGGUGCUGCGGUACCACUUGCUUUGCAAAUUCUGUUUUCCCAGGGGACUCUUACACCUCCUCUCCUGGUUGUUCAAGGGUUGGAAGGCAGCGGUGGGGUGGGGGCGGGCUCAGCUGGGGAGGAGGGUCUUCCACACAGCCCCCCAGGCUGCCCCGGGCAUAAACCCUCUCAUUUUGUCUUGCUCAUCAUAUUGUAGACAGCUUCUGUUAUCCCAUCUUUUGGGUGAGGGUACCCAUGGCGGGAAGGGACUUUCCCAGGGUCACAGCUAGUGGAGGCCCUGCUGAGAUUCACCUCAGGCCCCUGUCCUUCCUGAGGGAGGGGACCCCCCUCGCUGCCUGUGGCCUCGGCCCCCAGCUGCUGCCCCCACUGCUCUACUCAUGGAAGCACAAGC